AUGGAACGCACUGCCUACCAUUUCCAGCCUCCAAAAAACUGGAUGAAUGAUCCAAAUGGACCCCUGUUUUAUAAAGGAUUGUAUCAUUUGUUUUAUCAGUACAAAUCUCAAGCAGUUGUAUGGGGCAAAGUGUGGGGGCAUGCUGUGUCGAAGGAUCUUAUCAAUUGGAAGUCACUAGAUUUUGCAAUCAUUCCGAGUGAAAGGUAUGAUAUAAAGGGUUGCUGGUCUGGCUCCGCUACACUGUUGUCUAGAGAAAAGCCUGUGAUUCUUUACACAGGACAGGACAACUCCUCUAGACAGGUCCAGAAUAUGGUUGUUCCUAAAGACCCAUCUGAUCCCGACUUAAGGGAAUGGGUGAAGAUCCCUGAAAUUCCCAUUAUUGUUCCAGAGAAUGGAAUCAAUGGAAGCUCUUUCAGAGAUCCAACCACCGCCUGGCUUGGCAAAGAUGGGAAAUGGAGAAUUGUUGUGGGCAACAAGGAAGAUCGGCAUCAUAAUGGAAAGGCCCUUCUUUACAUAAGCAAAGAUUUUGUUCACUGGACCAAAAAGAAGAACCCUCUCCAUUCCUCUAAAAAGACAGGAAUGUGGGAGUGCCCUGAUUUUUAUCCUGUUGCUCCAUUGGGAAAACUUGGUCUGGAUACUUCUGCUACUGGGCCUGAGAUUAAACAUGUCUUGAAGGUAUCCCUUGAUGAUACAAGAUUCGAGUAUUAUACAGUAGGAACUUACAUCACAGACAUUGAUCGGUAUGUUCCAGACAAUACAAGUGCAGACAAUAAAAAUGGAUUGAGAUAUGAUUAUGGAAAAUUCUAUGGAUCCAAAACAUUUUUCGAUAAUCAUAAGAAUAGAAGAAUCUUGUGGGGAUGGAUCAAUGAGUCCGACAGCGUGCAGGAUGAUAUUGCAAAGGGCUGGUCUGGUGUUCAGGCCAUCCCAAGAGCAAUCUGGCUAGACAACGUCUCCAAAAGUCAGCUGAUACAGUGGCCAGUUUCAGAGUUGGAGUCUUUGCGUGGAAAUAAAAUCUACAAAGAAAAUAUCAUUCUCAAGGGUGGAUCUGUCAUAGAGAUUGAAGGCGUGAAAGCUGCACAGGUUGAUGUAGAGGUCUCUUUCGAGCUGCCAAGUCUUAUAGAUUUAGAGAAGAUGGAUGCCAAUUUAGAUGCUCAACAACUGUGCAGCCAGGAUGGAGCAGCUUCAAAGGCUAUGGUUGGCCCAUUUGGGCUUUUGGUUUUAACUUCUGAGGAUUUGGCCGAACAAACUGCCAUCUUCUUUAGGGUGGGCCUUCAUCAACACAACAUGAAAAUACUGAUGUGCAGUGAUCAGAGCAGAUCAUCUUUGAAGACAAAUGUUGAUAAAACAACGUAUGGAAGUUUUGUUACUUUUUCCUUCAACAAAAAGGACGUCUCUCUAAGAGUACUGGUUGACCAUUCAAUUGUAGAGAGUUUUGGAGAAGGGGGAAAGACUUGCAUAACUGCCAGAGUUUAUCCUAAUCUAGCAAUUGGAGAAGAUGCUCAUCUUUACUUAUUUAACAAUGGUGUUUCUUCUGUCACAGCUAGUAAAUUGACAGCAUGGGAUAUGGGGUAUGCCCAUCAACCUUAGCCUUAAAAUCAAGGUCUAUGGAUAAGAGGUCUGAAAAUAAGGGUUUUAACUCUGUAGAUUGACAUUACAGAAUCCACGAAUCAAAGCUUCAUCUACGCAUUACUUAAUAAUGCAUCAUGAAAUCAGUACUCUAAUCUUUC